CCGACCAGUUUGGUUCCGAAGUUCGAGUUGGGGCUCAGUGAAAUACAGCUCCGGCGGUACCCAGACCGUGUCCAUCCACAGGGUGAUACAUGUACAUGUAUUUCACUAUUUUGGCAGUCAUAAAACGACCGUCAACGACAAGUGUACAUGUUUAACCAUGGAGGAAUAAAAACACAUUUCUCCAUAGUAUAACACAGACCAUUCCACAUGACCUCACGGCGAUUAUUUCCAGUGACGCUCGAUCACCGACAACUUCCAGUUUGUUUCGCUGCAACAGUACUGAUCUAGGCCUACAAUUGGAUCCAAAUAGACCGUAGGACGAUCGAAGUGUACUCUGGGCUUUGAGCUCGUUUUGACACGUCAUCAUGACAUCAAAACCGCUCAUUCUGCAGGACUUUGAGCCGUAUCUGAAGAAAAAAGUCCCUGGGACGUGGUGGGAGUACUUCCAACGGGGAGCAGACGCCCAACAGACUUUGGCUGACAACCUACUAGCUUUUCAAAAGUAUCGACUAAGGCCUCGCUGUUUGCGGGAUGUAUCUCAGCGGGACCUCAGUACCACUAUAUUGGGCCAUCGUCUAGACUUUCCGAUCGGUGUCUCUCCGACAGCCUAUCAGGGCAUGGUGCAUCCCGAGGGAGAAAUUGCUAUGGCUAAAGGCGUGGCUAGUGUUGGGUCAGCAAUGGCUCUGAGCAUAUUUUCAAGCAGAGACUUGGAAGACGUAGCCGCCCCCCUUUCGUCCGAAACACCGCUAUUCCAACAACUGAACGUAUUUUGCGACCAUCAAACCUUGGAGCGAACAGUCGAGUACACCGAGCACAUAAUAAAACGAGCCGAGAAGGCAGGCUUGAAGGGCAUUGUGCUGACGGUCGAUCAGCCAGUUAGGGGCAGGCGGCUAGCUGAACCAGCUGUCGCACCCCCUUCUUUAAAAUUCGCGCUUGUCUCUCUUCCCAAUGAUCCUCAUUUUAGUCGUGCAAAAGUGACCUUUGACCCUUCAAUGACCUGGGAUGACAUUGAAUGGCUACGGAGUAUGACCUCUCUACCAAUCAUUCUUAAAGGCAUUCUAACGGCUGAAGACGCGAAGGAAGCAGUCAGGCGUGGUGCGUCCGCUAUCUGGGUUUCGAAUCACGGUGGCCGACUACUGGACGGUGUGUCAGCUUCGAUAGACGCACUGCCCGAGGUGGUCGACGCCGUGCGUGGCUCUGAUAUCGAGGUGUAUCUCGACGGAGGAAUACGUCAGGGCACCGAUGUCCUCAAGGCUCUUGCUCUCGGCGCACGGGCCGUGUUCAUCGGCCGACCGGCACUCUGGGGCCUUGCAUACGAUGUAAGUUUGGUCAGUCUUUCUCUCUGCUCAAAUGAUGAAGAACAAGCAAGCAAAGUACAGUGAAAGUGUUGCUUUUUCAGAUUUCCGC